UUGGCAAUAAUUUUUUUAAUUUUAAAAGUGCCUUUUUUGUCUUAUUCCAUCUUCACAGUUUCCUGUUCUUAUUAUAUAAAUAUAUGUCCCCAGUCUGAGUCUAUGGAUUGGAGUAUGUUUUUUUUUUAAUUUUCCUCUGAGUCAUUCAAAUUUCUCAAUCCAUUUAUUUUCUGUUUCUUUGCCUGGUCUUUCUUUUAUGUGAUGCAGCUCUCCUUGAAUGUCUGAUACUUUUCAUCCUUCAAUGAAGCCAAUGGGUGACAGGAAGACGUGCUUCCAUGAAAGGCAGUGUUUCGCUCCAGAACCUCAGCUCCUGCCCCUGGAUCCAGACCCGCAGCAUCCCCAGGACCCCUUCUCCCCUCUGGGUCCUGCCCCCACCUCGCUGGCUCCCAUCGCAGAUUCCCCAUGAGACUCCACACUUGGCCUCUCACACAGAGCCUAGGGGUGAGGCGCCCCUCCCAGCCUCUCAGCUGGCAGUCCUGGGCCUGUGCUGGGAAACAUCCCCUCCCGCCCACAGCCAGAGGAGCCGCAUCACUGUCUUGAGUGGUCACACAUCCGCUCCCAGGGCCAGGGGAGGGAACAGUCACAGACUUUCCCCAUGAGCCAAAAAUAAGCGAGGUCUGGCUGUGGCGCUGUCCACUGCUGGCUCCAGCACCAGGGGUUGCCCAAGAACCCCCUUGACUCCUUAGAGUAAGCAGCUCACUGCUGGCUGUUCUUUGUGUGACCGGAAAGGGGGACUUGACCAGAGUGUACAGAUCUAUGAUGACCCCCACUUCCACCUCCACAUCCCAUGGCCGCGGCCCCUCCCUUCCAAGCUCGUCCUGCCUGAUGGGCAGCACCCCCGGUCCGGUCUGGAGUCUCCCGGGGCCCUUCCUGUUCUCCUUGUUAAUUUAUUUUCUGUCUUGGAGGGAAGCUGGGUGGACCUGCUCAGGCGGCCCCCUAGGGCCAGAAGACCUGUCAGUCACUUUCAAAUACAUGUUCUUUCCAGAGGUUCUAAAAACACUGUUGUCCCUCUCACCCAGAAAGCUAAGCUUCUGUUCAGUCCUUAACGGUAGCUAUAAAUGAGAAGCACAGCUUGGUUUCCUUCUAAUAUCCGGCAAGUUAGAAGACAGAAAGUAUUUAUUUACUUAUUCAUCACAUAUUUGCAGGGCAACCCUACACGGGACAGCAGAGGUCCCACGCGGGCGCUGCACCCGGAGCCAGGCUCAGUUGAAACUCACCGGAGGCGCGGCCGCCCUGGGCUGGGAAGACGCCGUGGGCCCAGGUGGCAUCAGAACCCACAGGAGGGAGGCAGCUGGCCCAGGAGGGGUCGGGGCAGGCCUUUGGGGAUCGUGAGAGUCGACCCCAUCCUCCCCGAAACAAGGUCCGAGGUUGAGGAGGUCCCUGCCCGGCCCCGCAGCUGACAACCAGGGGAGAAGCCGCACCUGCCGGGGUAGGGACCGCGGGGUGGGCUCGGGCCUCCGUGGGGCCGGCACAGGGACCGUCUCCUCUCAGGACCUCGGCCCUCAUCCCCGGGCACCGGGACUCACAGGCGGAUGGGCCCAGGUGGAGACCAGGGUGUGGAGGGGGAGGAAGCGGGGCGGGUGGAACGGGGCCGGGUGCGGGGGUCGCGGGGGAUCGCGGGGAAGGGACCUUGUGAUGCAGGAGACGGAGGGGGCUGGUGACGGAGGACGGGAGGCCGCGAGGAUGGGGAAUGGGGACGUCCUUUUCCCCUCCCACCGGCUCACCGGGGAUGCGCCUCCGCGACUGCCCGCCCCAAUCCCAGGGCGGAGGCCUCGCGCAAAACCCAGGCGCUUCGGCUCCGCGCUCAGGCUGAGGGUCUGCGCCGCCGCCCGCCCGCUCCUUCCCGCUUGGCUGCGGCCCCUGGGCGGAUACUCCGGCGCGCGGUUCCAACCGAGGUUUGGCUCCACCAAGAUGAACUGGGCACCCGCAACGUGCUGGGCUCUGCUACUGGCGGCCGCCUUCCUCUGCGACAGCGGCGCAGCCAAGGGCGGCCGCGGAGGGGCGCGGGGCAGUGCCCGGGGAGGGGUUCGCGGGGGCGCGCGCGGGACCUCGAGGGUGCGCGUGAGGCCGGCGCCGCGCUACGGUGCCCCUGGCUCCUCCCUGCGCGUGGCUGCGGCAGGGGCGGCGGCUGGGGCGGCGGCGGGAGCAGCCGCGGGCCUGGCGGCGGGCUCGGGCUGGAGAAGGGCCGCGGGACCCGGGGAGCGCGGCCUGGAGGACAACGAGGACGGGGUGCCCGGAGGCAACGGGACCGGCCCCGGCAUCUACAGCUACCGGGCGUGGACUUCAGGCGCUGGACCCACGCGCAGCCCUAGUCUCUGUCUCGUGCUGGGCGGCGCCCUUGGCGCCCUGGGGUUGCUGUGGCCCUAGGCCUGGCUGGGCUCGGGGACUACAUCUGGCCCCCGGCCCGUGCCGUCCCCAGGAUCCCCCGGCCUGGGCUCCCCCUUCCUCCCUUGCCCACGGUCUUGGGCCGCAGCUGGGGCAGGAGCUGCAGGCUGUCCCUGUGAACCCGCCAUCCAGUGUCCUGCCCACGCCGCCUCAGCCUCCCACCUCCCACCUCGAGGGGACCAUGGAUCCUGCCCCAACCCGCUCCAGGAUGUUAGGGUCCCCCCAAUCAGAAAGGCAGCGGCCUGUGGCUCCUGUACCAACCGCCCAGCCACGCUCCAGAGCCGCCCAAAGGGAGGUGCCAAGGCCAGGAACCCAAGCCACCCCGACUCCCCUCACCUGCCCUGGGGCUGUGGUGACGCAUGGGCAGGGAGGCGACCUCAGGCUGGUUCUGCCACUGAGGCCCUGAGGAAUCUGGCCCUUCCCAAAAGCAGCAAUGAAAUGGACCAAAGGACUUAAGGAUUUGGGGGGAAGUGAGGGGAAAACGAUAGGUGCUAACCACCUGCCCAGAAGAGACGAGUGGAUCUCACAGCCCAGGAACAUUCCCAAGCAGGACUGUCCCUCCGAGGAACGUCCAUCCUGGCUCUGCAGCUGGUGGGAAAACACACCCUGCCCUGGAAGGGCUGCCAGGCCUUGUGCCCCACACCCUCAGGCCGAGAUCCGUCAGAGACCCACUUUGCUCCAACAACUUGAAACAUGUCACUUUACCCUCCUUAGGACCCAUUUUGGGGGAAAAAACCCAACACAUUCCAGAGCUUUCCAAAUCUUCUGAACUUUAGGUUCACAUUCAGGCAUCACACAGUUCUGCCUGUACUCAGGGCACGGCAACUGCCAAUCCCACUGAAGAGCCCUCCCUGGGCACAGCUCAGGCUGCACAGCACCCGGAUUUCCCUGCAGGCAGCCCCUUCCUCGGAAGCAGCUGUUCCAGGCCUCGGAACAGGGCCUGGGUAUCGAGGCGUGGUAGAUCGGCAGCUGACGGCCUGCUCAGUGGAUCAGGAGCUAACUCAGACCACGGAGCAAGCAGGGGCCAGUGGCGGGCCCCGGCGCCCAGCAGGACACCCAUGCAAGAGGUUGAGCCCCCAACAUCUCCAAGAGCUCUGACCACCCAAGGACAGGAGACACACGGAGUGGCACCGGGCAGCCACAAGGACUUGCCACCAGCACUGGACACACCUGUCUUAAGACCGGCCCUCUGCUCCCCAGCCCUGCCAGCCUGGGGCAUCCUCCAUGGGCUCAGCACUGAGGGGUCUUGGGUCGACCACGUUCUCUAGCUCUCCGGUCACCCGACUCAUCCGAGGUAGGAUGGGUUCUCCCUGGCCCCCCAUGGCCUUAGGAUCUCACCCUCGCCAGGCCCUGGUGAGAGCCUCGCCGCUGCCAGGCUGCAUCCCUCCCGGGCCGGAGCCUCUGGACUCAGUGGACACCAAAGUUGAGACCAGCACCCCCCAUGGGCCCUGCCAGCCUCUGCCUUCCCCAGCUGGCCUGGGUGCUGGCCAGGGUGAGGAUCUGGAAGCUGUUGGCAGGACUCAACCAAGCACUGCUCUCUAGCUCCGGGGCACUAAGCCACAGGAGGCAGCACCCUGCAGCCUCCCAUCCACACUGCCAGCAAUGCCCCGGCCCAGUGAGCCCAGACGCUCCCCCACCCCUUCCAGACCAAGCUCAGUGCCACCAAGACCAGCAGGCCAAGGCCAGGCCCUGCCCCAGAUCUGCCAUUUCCCCAGGAGGCAGGGAGUGGUCUGAGUCUCCUCAAAGCAGGGAGACCCACCGGAGCCCCCUCGACUUCGCAGAUGCCCACCUAGAAGAUGGGCUGAGCUGCACCAGACCCUCACACACCACAGCACUGCAAGCUGGUGGAGUGUUCCAGAUGUGAUGGACACAUCGUGAUCUGCGUAUUCAGUACAUUAGCCUCUGACACAGCCAAUCUGAACACUUCCGGCCCAGGCGGGCAGGGUUAUGGCAGGAUGCAGGUGGCACGCAGGGGCUAACUUCAGGCUGAGUGUGUGGGGUACGGGGCAGCAGAGGCAGCCAGCCAGCAAGGAGGGGCCGCUGACCACCAGGGCCGUGGUGGAGGCUGCUGUGGGAAGGCCAGGCCACGACCGGAAAUCGGCCGGAGCUUCUGCACAGGAUGUCCCCGGCCCCAGGCCCCGCAGCACCUCAGUCCAUAUCCCCAGCCCCACUCACCUUCCUUCCUCUUCCCUCUUCUAGGACACAGGCUGUGGACCUUCAGGUGCACUGAUAAUGGGGCUGGAGGGGCCCCCACACCUCUCAGCCCCACUAAUACAGAAACCCACUACCCGUGAGCUAGAAGGUGCUCAGCGGCCAGGGGGUCUCCACUGCCUGUAACGGGCGGCCUUCCCGUCUGUGCACAGCGAAGCCAUGUGCAGGGCGCCCCCCUCAACUCUGCCCUGGAACAUGCCCCAGGGCACGGAGGGGUGAAGCCAGUGCUUGGGCUCUGCUGCUGGGAGUCUUGUUGUGUCUGCGUGCGCCUGUGAGUGUGAAAUAAACCUCUCUGCCGGCA